UUUGUGUUCCAAAAAUAGCGAAAGUCCUGAAUUAAUUAGGUUACUCUCUCAUAACUAAUAUCAUACUUUCAUUCCCAUUUUCACUAAUAACUAGGACUAUAGUAAAUUCUAAAUGGGAAAUAAUUCUUGAAGAAAGAUGACAACUCCUGACGACCUACGACCAAAAUUAAAGAGGCAUAAAAGCUCAAAGAAGAUCAGAAAUCUCGACGAUUUUCUGGACCUAAAUGUUCAUCCAGUGGCUUCAGAUCUCCCUAAGAAGUCAAUGAUAGCACUUUUAAAUCGGGACGAACUUUGGUAUGAAAAGAAGAGUCUCUUCAGAAAAAAGUUCACAUUCGGAACAUGUCAGACUCGCAAUCAGGAUGCCCUCAUGGAUAAAGGAAAACUCCUUAAAAAAUUAGAGAAGGCUGGUACAUUCGAGAGAGACUGGAUCCUCUUCGUUUAUAGAAAGCUCAAUGCCCUCAACCUACAUUUUAAGGAGAAAUUCAGAUGGACCAAAGUCAUAAAUUGAUAUCUAUGUAAAAAUGCAGAGAAGUUCAUGGAAGAGCGUGGUAAACUCAUAUCUCUUUAUGGUCAAGACAGUAAGAAACCAAGGUCUCAGAAGGAGAGAAAUACUUCCCAGUGGAAAGGUAUCGAUACGACUCCUUCCAAUUAUCUCAGGUUUAAAUUUCUGAAAGAGCAACUCAAGAUGAAAGACCACCCAUUACACCAGCUUGUGGAGCAAUUUGAUAAAUGGAUUUGUAAAUCAUAUAAUUACCUGCGAUAUCCAACCCUGGACGAGGUUGACCACAUUGCGAAGAGAGAUGAACUGAUAGAGACCACACAGCAGUUCAUUGCCCUGCUCUUCCUGACCACUAUAAAGUUCUACCACCUGACUCUGAAAGACAACGAGAACAACCGAGAUAUUUUACUAGAGAUUCUUACUGGGAUGGUCAUUAAAAAGAAUCUUCACCUGACAAUCUCAAAUGCGAUAACCUAUUGUAAAAGAGAGGAAGUCGAUAUCCUCGAGCGGAAGAUGAACAAGGAAGAGAAUGUUGACUUUAACAAGAGCGAAUAUAUUGUUGGCAUGUCCGAUAUAUUUUCCUUCAGCCAGUCCAAACGGAUAGAUAGGAUCCUUCAUAGAAAAUCUGAGAUCCCAGAUAAUUUCAAUCAGGAAACUGGGUUUCAACUAAACGAGACUAAAUCAAAUAUAAAGUAUGAAAAAUGAAGCAGAAUGAUCCGUAAACUAAAGGAUAUUGAGAAUCCAACUUCUAAGAUUCAGCUAUUGGUCAAGGUGACUGACCAGAUCAAGCAAGAAAUAGACGACUACUGGCAAGGAGUUCCCAUGGAUCAUGAUGAUAAAAGGAUCGAUGCUGAUAACAUGGAGAAACUCAUGGGUUAUAUCAUAAUUAAAUCAAAAUAUCAAUAAAAAUCGUAGUUGAUCUCGCCAUUAUCGAUUACUUCUCAGGAAAUCAUAUCGAUUUUGGCUGAAAUGGAUUCAUCUACGUAUGUAUCACCAACUCCUUGCAACAAAUCGUGAAUGAAAGUUUUACCUCAGACGAGAAGGAGUUUGACGGAAGAAUGCCACCUCUAAAGCCUCACCAAAGAGCUCCAAGUCAGUUCAAACUCAUGACUAAGAAAGAAUAUAAGCAGAAACCUAAAGAAAAUAGCUCCUCUGACCCUCAGUCUUAUUCUAGUGAGCAAGAUCACUACAUGUCAGA